UACUGUGAUAUGUUGUUUAUUGGAGCUGAAACUUUUUACAAAACAUAUUUUAGUUAAAAUUACCACAAUCAUAGUUUGAAGCUGGCUUGAACAGUUCCAACGUCAAAUAAUACUCGACUGUACGAUAUAAACCCAUCUUGAACUGUUUGUUCGUACAGCUUUGUUUACAUCGAUCAGCACUGCGAAAACAUUGACCGGAAAAACAAUCCAGUUCAUAUCUCCGUAUCAUUCCGCUGAUAGUUUUGCUAAUAAUGGACGUAGGGGAGUUGUUAUCAUUUAAGCCCGAGCAAACUCCAAAGCGUCCGUCCGAUUUUGAACGCGAUCAUCAAAAUGACGACGACGAUGAACACUCCCCGGAACCGGAACCAACCCGCGGCCAUCCGCCGAAAAAAGUCCCUCGGUCCGAACAGCACGCAAGUGCUCGUGAAAAUCCAGUCUUGCCUGCCAAGGAGCCGCAAAUUAGUGAAGAGGAGCGGUUAAACAUUCUGAAGUUUGUUGAAACUGAAGAACCGGAAGGUGAGGUGCUUGAUGAGAGUGGGCUCAAAAAGAUGUUGCUGCUGUUCGAAAAGCGUGUGCUGAAGAAUCAAGAAAUGCGCAUCAAAUUCCCAGACAAUGCGGAAAAAUUCAUGGAAAGUGAGAUCGAACUGAACGACGCCGUACAGGAGCUUCACGCGGUGGCUACGGUGCCCGAUCUGUAUCCGCUGCUAGUCGAACUGAACGGUGUUGCCAGUUUGCUAGAUCUGCUGUCUCAUCAAAAUUCCGACAUUAGCGUGGCGGUCGUAAACCUGCUGCAAGAGCUAACCGAUGUGGACAUUCUGCACGAAAGCCUGGACGGUACAGAAACGCUAAUAGAAGCGCUCCGUAAUCAGCAAGCCGCAGGACUGCUGGUACAGAACCUGGAACGCUUGGAUGAGUCCGUUAAGGAGGAAGCGGACGGUGUCCACAAUACGCUAGCCAUCUUUGAAAAUCUAAUCGAAGUAAAGGCCGACAUCGCAAAGGAGGUGGCCGAGCAAGGUUUGCUCCAGUGGAUUAUGAAACGUUUACGCGCAAAAAUCCCGUUCGACGCGAACAAGCUGUACUGUAGCGAAAUUCUUUCGAUUUUGCUGCAGGACACGAACGAAAACCGUAUCACGCUGGGCAAUGUGGACGGUAUCGACGUGCUGCUGCAACAGUUGGCCGCCUACAAACGGCACGAUCCGAGCUCGGCCGAGGAACAAGAGUUCAUGGAAAAUCUGUUCAACAGCCUGUGCUCGGCACUGAUGGCGAAGGAGAAUCGCGAAAAAUUCCUGAAAGGCGAAGGGCUACAGCUGAUGAAUUUGAUGCUGCGCGAAAAGAAACUCUCACGCAACGGUUCGCUAAAGGUGCUGGACCACGCAAUGGCUGGACCGGACGGGCGUGACAAUUGCAACAAGUUCGUCGAUAUCCUCGGUUUGCGUACAAUCUUUCCACUGUUCAUGAAAACACCGAAACGUAGCAAGAAGCGGCUGCUCAGCACGGACGAGCAUGAAGAACAUAUCGUUUCGAUCAUUGCGAGCAUGCUGCGCAACUGCAAAGGGUCGCAGCGGCAGCGGUUGCUGUCCAAAUUCACCGAGAAUGAGUUCGAAAAGGUGGAACGGUUGAUGGAGCUUCAUCGAAAGUAUUUGGAAAAGGUGGAAACGAUGGAUCGGGAAAUUGAUCAGGAAAUGCAAAUCGACGAAGACGAUGAGCAGAAUGACGACAUGGUGUACGUGAAGCGUCUAUCAGGCGGUCUUUUUACGCUACAGCUCGUCGAUUACGUUAUCCUCGAAAUAAGCUGCAUGGAUGUGGUGAAGCAGCGUGUACUAAAGAUACUGAACCUGCACAACGGUUCGAUGAAAAUGAUACGAAACAUUAUGCGCGAGUAUGCUGGCAAUUUGGGUGAUGCCAGUGAUAGCGAUUGGCGCGAACAGGAGCAGGCCCACAUACUGCAGCUAAUCGAUCGUUUCUAGGGCGAUCGCAUUCGAGUGCCGUCGAAUUGCGUAACUUCAACUUCAACACAGAAAUGCUUAACAGUGUUCAAAGGGAGCAUUUUUUCCAUUUAUCUUGUUGCCACAAUUGUGUUUAAGUCCAGAAAAUUUACGUAUUGUAAUAGUAUCUGCAUGCGAGUUUGAUGUUUUUUAUUUCCUAAACGUCGGAGAGUUUACAAAUUGAGUAAGCAAAUAAAACCCCAUUCACAAUUAUACGCAUCUUUAUUGGAUUCAAUUCGGUUAGUGUUUUUUUUUUUU